CCCGACAUAAAAUCCGGAACACGCCUUGCACACGACGGCAGUCCGUGCACGUAUUUUAUCCAGCCCUCCAGCCGUAUUCCUCCACCGACCGCCAUCUUCUCCGCUUUUUCUUGGUCAAAAAGCGCGACAUGAGCGCGAAAUCGGCGAGCGGGCAGAGCGCCCUGCGGCAUAGGCGCCCGGCGAAGGAGCCAUCUGACGAGCCCGCGUCCGCGGCGGUCAAAAAGUCGGAGGAUGUGGUAUGGGGCAAGACCCCGAGUGGCGAAGUCUUCCGCGUCCCGACCACGCACGACGUGCUCACCGCGUUGUUCCAUCCGGCUUACCCCAAAAGUCACCUGGAUAUCCUCAAUCUCGCCCUCCUCGGCUCGCAGAUCGUCCUCUUCCUCUGCCUGCCCCGGCACGCGUCCCAGCUCUUCUUCCUCGUCUACUUCGCGUUCUGGCGCACCGCGUACGAUGCGGGCCUCGGCUGGGUCCUCACGAAGCAGAGUAAGAAGAAGUGGAUCGUGCGCGAGGUGCAGCGCCGCGGCUGGCUGGACGAAAAGAGGCGCCCGGAGGUUCGCAACUGGAUCCGUCAACAACUGGCUGGCAAGAUGGGGAAAGAUUACUCCUUCGAUGAACUCCCUUUGGAGUACAAUACCUGGUUGCUCUUCCGCCAGCUCGUCGAUGUAAUCCUGCUCAAUGACUUCGUGGCCUACUGCAUGUUCGCGUUCUCCUGCUUCCGCGUUCCGGAAGGUCUCCCCGUCCUUGUGCAUGUCAUGAGGUGGGUAGCUGGGAUAGCCCUCAUCGCGUUUAACCUCUGGGUUAAGACAGAAGCACAUGAUGUCGUGAAGGACUAUGGCUGGUACUGGGGCGAUGUCUUCUUCCAGCGCGGCAACCUGGUGUUCGACGGCGUCUUCGAGCUCGCCCCGCACCCCAUGUACUCCGUCGGCUACGCUGGCUACUACGGCCUGUCACUCAUUGUCGGGAGCUAUGCGGUUCUCUUCGUCAGUCUCGCUGCCCACGCCGCCCAGUUUGGCUUCCUGGUCUUUUUCGAGAACCCUCACAUUGAGCGCGCCUACGGCCAGCGCAAGCCCAUUGCCAAGCGCGCGCCCAUCCAGGAGCGCACCAAAGCCUUUUCGCCGGCCUCUGCCCGCGCCUCUUCAGACGCCGCGCACCUCAGCGAGCUCUCCGACAUAGAGCUCACCACGCCCUCUGCGACCGAAGGCGAAACCGCGACGGAAACCGAGCUCGAUACGGAGACCGAGGACAGCGAGGUGCGCGCGCCGAUCGGUAGCCGUAGCCCAUCGCUCGGCAGUCGUGGCUCGCCCACCGGCAACCGCCAGUCGUACCGCAAGCACCAGGCGCACCCCUCGACGGCGAGCUCGGCGAGUGGGUCGGAGCGCGGGGCGCCGAUUAGGAAGAAGCCACUAUCGGAGCACGACCUGUUGACGACGUACUUCCGCCGAGACACGAUUGUGCUGAAGAACUUGGAUCUGUUCAGAGCGACCGACCUGAUGUUCGCCCUCAUGGCAGGCUACGGUCUCUUCUUCGCCUUCGCGCCGACUAUGUCGCAAGAGACCAUCCUCGCCAUGCACUUCAUGCACGGCCUCGCCUGGGUCAUCUUCCACUGCUUCGGCAUCGGCGCGGUAUUGCGCGCGCAGAGCGAGAGCAAGUUCCUCGUCCGGCACUACCUGAAGUACUACCACUACAUCGCGCACAAUGCGACGCGCGGGGCGACUAUCGAGGCCUUCGCGAACUUCAAGGCGAUCUUCAACAUGAGCAUCUGCAUGACCUACAUCUCGCUCAUCGGCCUCGUCUGGAAGACCUACCACAUCCCGAACGAGUGGACCGUUGGCCACGAACUUCUGCGCCACACUCUCGGUGCUCUCCUCAUCGGCCUGCAUGGCUGGGCCAGCCGGGAGUCCUACGAAGUCCUCGGCGUGUUCGGCUGGUUCUUCGGUGACUUCUUCAUGGACGCGUUCCCUGGGCACCUCGAGUACACCGGCAUCUACCGCUACCUCAACGACCCCGAAGUCAUCGGCGGUGCGAGUUGGUUCGGCUUUGCGCUCAUCAGUGGGAGCAAACUCGUCCUUACGCUCGCUGUGAUUCGUCACUUGGGUCAUUGGUGGUUUUUGCUUGCUGUUGAGAAGCCGCACAUGCGCAAGCUUUACGGCGAGUCCAUUCGCCGCGACGCUGGCUUCGUCAAGGUACUCAAGAGCGUUGCGAGCAAGAACGCGCGCAUGCUUGAGUCAAGGGCUGGCAAGCACGGCCCCGAGAUCCGCCGCGUCGCAACGGAGGUUAAGGGUACACUCGACAAGGUGUACGAGGAGACGGCGGACGCGGUGCAGGACUUCUUGACCAAGUCCCGCCCGCAGUUUGAUCGUGUCGUCGAGGACACGAAGGUGCUCCUGCAGCAAUCGCGCGAGCGUCUAGUCAUCACGCGCGUCGCGAACGACUUGGACUCGUACGAGGCGAACAAGUAUCAGAUCUCGAUCCUCCCGAGCGGGAUCGACAAGUCGAUGCGCUUCCAUGUCGGCGAGCCUGUGACCGUCAAGUGGCAGGCGCCGCGCAAGCACUCGCGUCGGGACUGGAUUGGUAUCUACAGGGUCGGCGCCAACAAGUCGAAUCUAGUGACGAAGGUUUCCUCACUGGGCAUGUGGGUGCCCGUGCACGAUGACGAGUGGGAGGGUGACAUUCCGCUCAACCCUGACCGGCCCAUCACGCCCGACCGCGAGUCCGACAGUGGCACGGUUACCUUCAAGGGCGGCGCGCUGCCCUGGACAACGGGCAAGUACGAGGUCCGGUACCACCACGACGGCAAGUACAACGUGAUGAGCAUCGAUGGGCCGUUCGAAGUCUACCUCACCAAGCCCGAGGAGCUGACCUUCGACUCUGUUCGCGAGACCCUUAUGCGCGUCGUCCCGCUCUGUCUAGACUCCGACCCGUCUCUCAUCCCCCUGUCGUGCAAGAAGGAAGAAGAGAGAUCGCCCGAAGACGACCGCGACCCGGACGACUUCAAUUUCUGGUCCGAGCGCCAGGCGAAGCGCAUCUGUCUGGUCAUCAAGCAAAUCUUCGGCGUUGAGUACGUGCCAGACGUCAUCGUCGCCGACGCGAAUCUGUCCGCGUUGGCGAAUCGCAUCCUGCUGUCGCUGGAGCUCAUCAAGCCGACGACAGCGUGACAAUGGAGCAAGUCGGCAGGUGGACGAUGAAAAGGUAUGGGGAGGCGGAGGUCGAGGUCGAUGACGACGACGAUUUUCUUGGCUUUGGUAUACUUUUGUUGAUGGAGAGGAAGGAAUGGGGAUGGAGAUCUAGACGGAAGGGGAAUUAGAAGGGAUGGAUUUACUUCCGCUACGUGACGUUGUCAUGACGGUUAUGACUGAAAUGACAAGCGAUGCUUUUUCUACAUGACAG